AUGAAAGAGGGAGAGCUUGGGAAGGAGGUUGGAGGGGACAUCAGCGAUGACGAUGGAGGGGUGGCAGCAGACGAAGCGAUGGAGUUAAAAAAUAGAGAGGCCAGCACGGCAGUGGAGAAAGUCGAGGAUGGCAUCAGGCUUCACCGAGGAGGUGAGUGGGGAGGUGGAACCAAGAGCGGAGAGGAGGCACCGGCAUCGAAUGCGAGAGAAGAGGGCAGAGGAGCCAUUGACCACCAAAGGGUUUGGAGGGGUGGUGGGGGCUUGGAGGAGGCGCAAGCCACUAGGGGGUGGCAUGGGGGAGCUGCGGACGAUCAAGGGUUUGGGACGGUGGGUCGGAGAAGGCACUGGUCCCACGGGGGUGGGGUGGGGAGGGGUGGCACAAGAAGCGGAGGAGGCACGGGGGCCGAGGGGGUGGUAGUGGUAGCUUAG